ACUAUCGCGGCGCGCGUCCUUCGACAUGCUGGUGUGGUGGAUACCUCUGGUCGCUGUUGCCGUCAGUGUCGCGGCUCUCCCACAUUUGCAAACCAAUCAGAUGCGGAAGACCAGGGCGAUACCAGUGAGAGAGAAGAGGUCUAUUGACCACAUCGUUCAAGAUUGCGUGAUGGUAACAUCGGAGGAAGGCCAUUUCUACUACAAAACUACUGUAGCCCCUGAUACUCCAGCCUGUGGUAUCUUCCUCAUCACGGACCCGGACAAGAUAGUGGAAGUCUACUUUGACUACCUGGACGUCCCCUGUAAUACUGGAGGCCUUGUCUCGUUUGUGGACGGUUGGGAGAUGAACGGCCAGUUCUUCCCCAGUGUGGAGGACCACCCCAAGCCUCUGGCGCAGCGGUUCCACGAGUUCUGCGGAUCUCAGCUGCCCAAGCAGGUGUUCCUCUCCACCCAGAACGCCGCGCUGAUCCAGUACCACGUACCCAAGCGAGGCCGCGGUUUCAGCUUCCACGUUAGAUACAUCAGCAACCCGACCCCCUGCAACAUCCUGAUAGAAGGAACCUCGGACGUGUACACGCUGCGGAACUACGGGAAGCACGUUAACUGCAGCCUCACGGCGGUCUACCCUGCACAAGUCAGAGUCCUGCAGCUGGGCGUGGGCAUGUCUUUCUCCAACCGUAACAUGGAGAUGGAGACCGGUACCAUACACAAGUGUGAGAAACGUGGGAUGUCAGACUUUGUUCAGCUGGGAGGCAGUGAAGGAUUGGACUUGUCAACUUACAGCGUUGUAGACUCUAUUUGCGGUUUGGAUUCCCUACCUGAACGUAUAGUGGAGACCAUAUUCUGUGGAGUGACCACUGUACGUAUGGUGUCUAGCGGGGAGUUUGACAAUGCUGUGACAGUACAGCUGCGGCAAGCUGGCGAGGAGGAUAUCAAUAGUGCAUCUCUCAUCUGCGGUCUCUGAGGCCACUGAGAGUUCGUCAGAAUAGUUCCACCUUGUCACUAAAGCUCCGCUGCUCUACUCAUCCAACAUGUCCAAGUCAUCGUCUGCAUCUGUCAUUCACUAACUCAAGCUAGUACAACUGCAACACUGCUGCUGUGGCUGAAUCUGAACAGUAGAGGAUUUAUUUUCAUUAAUGUUUUCGUAACUUGAUGUACAGUAAACUUUUGUCUUGUGGCAGAUAAAUAUAUGUUUCACCCUAA